AAAAAAAAAAAUUCCUACACCUUAUCCUCUUUGUUCCUCACCCGGCCGCGAGGGCCACCCCACCGCCCGUCGACCCCGCGUCCGCCGAUUGUGAAGAUCCCGCCAGCUAGCGCGGCAGCGUGCUCGUCGCGCGGCCGUAGAAGAGGCUUAUCUCUCUGAGCUGGGAUCACAGGUCACGCAUCUAGAGGAGUAACAAGCAGAAUUGUUAAAAGAGCAGGUGCAAAUGAUGUAUCCAUGAUUCAAAUGGUCGAUGUUGGCAUUGGCAUCAGUGGACAAUAGGGAAGGCAAGCUGCUAUGGCCUCAGAUUUUGCCAUGGGGCGAUUCAGAUUUUUGGAACUACCAGAGGAUGGAUUACAUGAUCCUACAUAACUUCUACAGAAAUGCUACUUUUGUCUUUGUGCUUUUCUGGUAUGUACUUUACACUGGUUUCACCCUGACAACAGCAAUAUCUGAGUGGAACAGUGUGCUAUACUCGGCCUUCAGGGAGUACUUGACCCCCAGUGACAUUCAGAUUGCAAGAGAAAUGGAGAAGUCACAAGAUUUCCAUGAUGCAACUGAUCCAGAAGUUCAGAUGAAUACACUGGCUAGAGCUUAGGGGUAGGGGGUGACACAAUGAUCCUUUUGUUCAUUGGAAUAGGAUAGAUUUAUACCAUCUUUGGUUCGUUUUGUUGUGUGUAUAUUAGGCAAUUCUUUCUGCAGUGAGCAAUGUUUCUUUCUGCUUUGCUCCCUUGCUCCCAUUCUGUCUAUCCACCAGACAAAAUUUAUAUGAAAGGAAAUCAUACAGGAGUUAACUGUACAAAUUCAGAAA